GGAUUACAAGUGAAUAAUUUAGGUCUGAUGGUGCAUUUGAAGUUUAAGAGAAAGAAGUGGUAUGUGUAGCCUGCCCCUUAUCCCUGCCUCAAGGCCCUGGUGCAGGCUGUUGCUCUUUGUCCAAAGGCGAGUUCAAGGAUUCUCUAAGCAGCCACACUCUGAGCAUUGGAUGGCCCUACUUGGGCAUGGCCUUUCAGAUUCUGUCAGCCUGGAGGCCAAGGCUGCUGGGGCACCACAGGGACAGUGGACUCAUUUUUGCCCAGCUGCCCUUACAGGCUGCUGCUCUGCAAUGAGGCAGCUCCCCAGCAGCACCACUGAAGGAUUGCUAUGUGUGCUGUGGACUGAACCACCAUACCAUGUUUAUGUGAGGGACUCAGGGCCUUGCUUGGCAGCCCAGAGACAAGAGGGGUUAAAUGCCAAACCAGUGUGUGUGUCUUGGCAGUUCUGAAACAUAGUGAAGAAGGCAAUGGGCAAACAUGUCCUACUGGAGAGAUAACUUCUGGGCUAGGUGCUGCUGAGCAAAAGGAGGUGCCUCAAGAGUCACCAGCCCGUUGUCUCCAGGUACUGGUGGAGGAAGGAAGGACUUGCAGUAUGCUGAGCAAUGGCAAUGCAGAGCUUUUGGCUAGCUUGCUCAUCUUUGCUGAGUGUAGAGCGCACCUAUCCUUGACUCUCCCAGUGUUCACUGAACUACACAAGGUCUGGAAGCAGAUGAGACUUCCCUCCCCAUGUCCCAGGGGGUAUGUGCUGCCAUCAGUAGUCUUUGUGAUCUGUGCUUGCACAAUGUCAAGCAUUGCUAGUUCUCAGGACAAGGGGCACAGAAAGAUACUCUGGGAAAUUAUUUUUAACCCCCUACAAUUCAGAAACCUAAGUCACUUUUGUCAGGGAUGGUUGAGUAGCAGCUCCAAUGGAGACAGUAUUUUCCUCAUACAUACACUUCUCUUUGCAAGGUAUCUCUGACAAAACUUAAGUAUGAACUUCAAUAGUUUUCAGGAGCUCUUGGAAGAACUAACAAGUGUAUCACAGGGUCCAGCAUUAAAUCCUUCCCUGCUGGGAUGCAGUAGAGAACGGAAACUGUCAGGCAGUUUGAGAUCCACUUAACAGCAAUUAGUGCAGAUGAAAGAAGCACUAACACAAAAGCCCAGUCUCUGUGCCUGGGGUGGGAGGAGGAAAGGAACAUGUAAGAGAAAAUGUAAACAUGAUAAAAUGUGGCCGUGUAUCCUGCAAAACAAUGAAUCAUUUUAACAUUUCAAAUCCUUUUCAUGCAAGCAGAAACAGUCAAUCAAUAUGUGACAGAAUUAAAGACCUGCAGUAAAACCUUGGAGCUGAGGAUCUGUGAGAAUGGUGGACACAUUCUAAUCUGCAGAAUUCUGCAUACAGCAUAAAAGGAAAGGCAAGUCUAUGUACAAGAGCCAGAAACUGCAGCAGCAGAAGUCUGCUGGGCAAGAGGAGUCCUCCGCCCACCCAGAGGAGCACACACUGGAGAGAAGAAACCAUCAUUGCCAACGGAUAUGGAGCACUUACAGAAAGUAGGAGUAUUUCCCAGAAGGCUCCAAGUUACAGCAGAUAUGGCCCUAAACCAUAUACUUGUAAAAGCCUGCAAAAUGUGAUUCAGAAUGUGCGUUCAUAAGAGCUGCAGUCACAGCCAUGGCUCUGGAGGACUUCUGGCCAGUAGGACCAUCUCAUAGACUUUACCCUGUGGAGAGGUGAAAACAGCCAAGAAAUGCCACUCUGUUGCCACAGCUAACUUCAAGAAAAAGGCAGUUUCAAUGUAGGUUAGUAUGAUGGAAUCCCUGCCAGUUAGCCCUGUCCUAAGAUUUCCAUCUAGAUAGGACACUUGGAUGCUGCGCAGACCCAAUAGCCUUUCCUUCAUUUUCUUUGCUCUGGUGUGUUAUUUUGCAUAUCUAGGUCAUAGUUUCAGUUAUCCACUCUCUUGCAACGCCUGGGUGGUGAGCUGUGCGUCUAGCUGUAGGUUUUGGGAGCAGACAGCUUAGAAUGAGUGCCUCUGCCAUCAAUGGAAGGGCAUUGUGGGAACACAUCCCACAUCACGGGGGUCAUUCUCCCUGGCUCACCUCUCAGUCACGCUGUCUGCCCGCCUACCAUCAGAGCCAAACACUUACCUCUGGGAUUUCUUCAGGCCAUACUCUGGGAGUGGACUAGCAAGGCAAAUACUGAAUGACUUCUACAAAUAACUGCCCCAACCAUUAAUUUUUAUAGGCUGAGUGGCAGCAUUUCUUACUGGGCACAACCAGCAGCGGAGAUGAAAGCUCAAAGACAAAUAGACAUCACAGAGCCAGUACAAAUGCUAUUUAUUAAAGAAGUGCCUGGAUUGCAGAGGAAGCAGAAAGGUGCAUCUUGAAAGGAACCUUUAAUGCCUAUUAGUAAAAAACAACAAGGAAUGGGAAGCAUGGGGACCUGCCAGAGGCAACAGCUAAUGGACCUGGUCCUGGAAUGAGCUGGUAGCAAGGAGCACAUGGCUGGGAGCCAAAGGAGGUGAUGCCAUAGCCAAUCUGAGGUGUGUCCAGACCCCCUCCACUCAGAGUCUUCCAGCUGAGCCUGCAGGUGAUGUCAUAGUACACAGAAUAUUUCUGCACAGACUGCUGUCCCUAGUGUGUGCUGAGGAACCUCUCCCCCAGGCUCCUGGGGAUGCUGCCGGCUGCCCUGCACCUCCCUGCAUGAGCGAGUGAGGAUGGAAGUGACUGGCAUCAGCUGGGCAAAGGACCCUUCACCAGGUGCUGGGAUGUCAUCCCCCUGAAGAUGGGAGUUACAAAUGGGCUUGUGAACUGCACACGUGGCACAGGCGUCUGUGCUGCCAGACCCCUCGCACAAUAGUCCAGGGCCACUGCAGGACAGGCAGAUGUUGGCCACAGCAGCUCAUGCUGUUAACUCCUCUGUGAAACCGUACACGGAAAAGCUUCCCUUCUCUUCCUGUGGAUGACGGCUGUGGGUGCCUGAGCCCCGCACACUGCUGUGGAGCUCCCUGCCUGCUGUCAGGGUGGGCAGCAGGCUGUGUGUGACCCCGCUCCCCAGCGAGACUGGCAGUAGCCGACCACAGAGCCAUGUAGCUUUGUCCCCAGAGACAAAUGCCAGCUGCCAGACUCCUCUGGAGACCUAGGAGCAGCCUGCAAGGCACCAGCACUGACUGCUCCCGUGCUGGCAGUGAGCAGUCCGGGACGCCUGUUGUCACAGAUGUGAUUCCAGCCUGCUGGGACAGGAGUGCUCCAGCUGCAGGAUGUGACGUGCAGCAGGGAUGGGGAUGCUCUCCAUUGACUGGUGAGCCCCAUGUUGCUAGUGUGGACUUUCUUCUUCCUCUUCGCUAAAGGAUGUUAAUUGCCUCUCCAGAAGCUACUGCUCAUGCAGCCUCCUAGAGUGCAAUGGCGAAGGGUCUGCAGGGCUUCUCGUGGACCAUGCUGCUGCUGUUCUGCGCCAUCCAGGAGCUGGGAGCCUGGGCCAUGCACGCCGCAGUGGAGAGCCCCAGCCUAGGGCAACCGGGGGACCCUGCGCUGCUGGCCAGUGGGCGAGUGAAGCGUGGCUGGGUCUGGAAUCAAUUCUUUGUGGUGGAGGAGUACACUGGCACGGAGCCGCUGUAUGUGGGGAAGAUCCACUCGGACUCAGAUGAGGGGGACGGCUCCAUCAAGUACACUAUCUCCGGGGAGGGCGCAGGGACUAUCUUCCUCAUCGACGAGAUCACAGGUGACAUCCAUGCCACCGAGCGCCUGGACCGGGAGCAGAAAACCUUCUACACACUGCGGGCUCAGGCCCGUGACCGGCAGACGGACCGGCUGCUGGAGCCUGAGUCAGAGUUCAUCAUCAAGGUGCAAGACAUCAACGACAGCGAGCCACGUUUCCUGGAGGGGCCCUACAUCGGCAGCGUGGCUGAGCUGUCCCCCAUUGGCACCUCUGUGAUGCAGGUGAUGGCAUCUGAUGCUGAUGACCCCACAUAUGGGAGCAGUGCCCGGGUAGUCUACAGUGUGCUGGAGGGCGAGCAGCACUUUACUGUGGACAGUAAAACAGGUGUGAUACGGACAGCCGUGGCCGACCUGGACCGGGAGACGCAGGACCGCUAUGAGGUGGUGAUCCGUGCGACGGACAUGGCAGGACAGCUGGGUGGCCUGUCUGGAUCCACCACAGUCACCAUCGUAGUCACCGAUGUCAAUGACAACCCACCACGCUUCCCUCAGAAGAUGUAUCAGUUCAGCAUUGUUGAAACUGCCCCGGUGGGCACAGCCAUUGGCAGGGUGAAGGCAGAGGACUCUGAUGUUGGGGAGAACACGGACAUGACAUAUCAGGUGAAGGAUGAGGAAGGAGUGGAAAUGUUCAAAGUCACCACGGACAGCAAUACCCAAGAGGCUGUCAUCACAGUACAGAAGCCUCUCGACUACGAGUCAAAAAAAGUGCACACUGUCAUUGUGGAGGCCCUCAACAAGUUUGUGGACCCACGGUUCGUGGACCUUGGCACCUUUCGGGACCAGACCAUCGUGCGGGUCUCAGUGCUGGACGUUGACGAGCCCCCGGAGUUCCGGCCCCCCUCCAACCUGAUGGAGGUCCAGGAGGAUGCGCAUGUUGGCUCUGUCGUGGGGGUGGUCACCGCCCUUGACCCGGACACAGCGAACCACCCUGUCCGGUAUGCCAUCGACCGCAGCACAGAUGCAGAGAGGAUCUUUGACAUCGAUGCCAACACGGGUGCCAUCAUGACAGGAAAGGCCCUGGACCGGGAGACAGCAGGGUGGCACAACAUCACCGUCCUGGCAAUGGAAGCAGACAAUCACUCACAGGUGUCGAGAUCUUCUCUCCGUAUCCGUAUCCUGGAUGUGAACGACAACCCACCUGAGCUCGCCACCCCUUAUGAAGCUGCUGUGUGUGAGGAUGCCAAGCCAGGCCAGCUGAUCCAGACAAUAAGCGUUGUGGACCGUGAUGAGCCCCAGAGUGGCCAUCGUUUCUACUUCACACUGGCACCUGAAGCCACCAACAACCACCAUUUUUCUCUGCUGGAUAUUAAGGACAACACGGCUGCGGUGCACACGCAGAGAAUGGGCUUCAAUCGCCAGGAGCAGGAUGUGUACUUGCUCCCGAUUUUGGUGGUGGACAGCGGCCCCCCAGCCCUCAGCAGCACCGGGACUCUGACCAUCCGCAUCUGUGGCUGUGACAGCAACGGGGCCAUCCAGUCCUGCAACAGCACAGCCUACGUCGUGUCAGCUACGCUAAGCCCCGGCGCCCUCAUCGCGCUGCUGGUGUGCAUCCUCAUUCUGGUUGUGCUGGUCCUUCUGAUCCUCACGCUGAAGAGACACCACAAAAGCCACCUGACAUCCGAGGAUGAUGAGGACAUGAGGGACAAUGUCAUCAAAUACAAUGACGAAGGGGGUGGCGAGCAGGACACAGAGGCCUAUGACAUGUCAGCCCUGCGCAGUCUCUAUGACUUCAGUGAAAUCAAAGGUGGCGACGGGGGUGGGGGGCCGGGAGAGGGGGGCCUGAGUGGAAACCCAGCCUCAGAGCUCCAUGCCCUCCCACAGUGGGUGCAGAGCCCAGACCUGGACUUCUCCGUGUUCAGAGACUACAUCUGCAGGAAGGUGGAGCAGGCGGACAAGGACCUCUCCGUGCCGCCCUACGACUCGUUCCAGACCUACGCCUUCGAGGGCUCGGACUCCCCCGUGCCCUCCCUGAGCUCCAUCAACACCUGGUCCAGCGGCUCCGAGCAGGACUUCUCCUACCUGGGGGGCUGGGGGCCGCGUUUCCGGCAGCUGGCAGCGCUGUACGCUGGGCGCAGGGGCGAGGAGGACGGCGAGGAGUCCUAGCUGUCCCGCCGACCCCCCGCGAGGCCCCCGGCACCCCCUGGACCAGGGCUCCGCGCUGCGAGGUGCCGCGCGGGCACAGCGCGCGCCCACGGCCGGGCUCAGCUGCUGCCAGAGCGGGGCUGCGCCGUGGGGCCGGGCAGCGCCGGGCGACGUGCCCCCCAUCAGCUGCCUCCUGUCCGGGUGCCUCUGCACUGCCUGGCGAGGCUGGAGCCACUGCGGCCACCACCAUCUCCUUAAUUCCAGUCUCCAUUAGAGCACUACGCAUUAAUUUAAGAAAGAGAAAAUCCAAUUCAAAGAGUUUGGAGGGGGUUUCUCCCCCACAAAUUAUCAUUUAAAUAGAUCUGUUCAGUGAGCCCAGUUCAGGAGAGGAAGAGCAAACCGGGAGCCUUUUGUUGUCUAAAUUGUUUUUGUCACUUGAGUCAGAGCAUUUGAAGUGCUUUGAUUUCUUUAAGAGCUUUCCUUGCAGAGGGAAACAAGCUUUUAACUUCUGUUCAGCUUUUCUCCCCUUAUGUUCACUCGCUGUUUGGAGUCCUCCUCCUCUCUGGGCAUGGGCUGCUCGGCAGUGCCCGGCUGCUGGCGCAGCAUCAGAGGGAGCGUGCCGCGCCGGGGAUGUGUGUGCUGGGUGCGGGCUCCAAGGUCACAUCCUGCAUGGAGCGACUGCUGCGCUAGAGUUCACUUCAAAACACGCUUUGCCUCUAAGCUGCAACUGCUUUGCCUCUCGGUUCUCAGACCUUUCUUGUGGUUAUCAAAGAUGCUUGUGAUUUGAAGGGGCUCUCUCCCUCCUGGCACGGCAGCUGUUGUCUGCGAGGUCCUGAAGUGCCACAGCCCCAGUGACAGAUGGAGACAUCCCGCCCGCCGCUGGGGCACGGUGGCCGGAGCCGCAGAGCAGCCGUGGUGCUGGGGAGUGCCAUCGGAGCAUCGCGGAGCCGGCUGCGCCCAGGUCUGCAGGGCUCCCAGCCAAGCGCUAGCUUCCUACCAAAUGGCGUGGGCUGCACAGGGCAGGAGGCAGGACGUCGGUGCCCCCCGGCCGUCGGUGGGGGGAGAGCUGCGUCCUGGCUAGAGGACCAUGCUGUAGGGUGCAAGAGAACCCCAGCCCUCUGGUUUGGAGGGAUGAUUCCUGCUAACACCCAGCUGACAGUAAAGCAUCACCACUGGUGACAGGAAAGCCAUCUCCAAGACAUGUGCAUAAGGCCAGAUCCGGCCGGUGCUGCUGUGCGGUCGAGCUGGUUGCUGCAGGCUGGGCAGCGGGUCUGUGACACCUCGGGGUACCCAGGUUGUCCCCACCCCGGCACAGUGCCCUGCAAGAAACCAGCAUGAGCUCCCACAGUGGGGUCGCCUUUGCAUGAGAUCUCUGGAUUCAGGGGGCAGGUCGGGAGGAGGCUGGCGGGAUGUGCCAUUGCUCCUUGGGCUGCAGAUGAUGCUGGAGGAAAGCGCUCGGUGCCCUGCACCUUUCCAGCCUGCUGACUUCCCCAGGGGUGAAUUAAGCAGCAUGUUGAGCAAUGCCCUCCGGCAGCUUUUCGGGCUGUGAUGGCUAGUGCAACUCCUUAUCUGUUCAGGUUG